AUGGAGACCGCUCCUAGAGCUCAUCCCCCGUCCGCGCCGAGACCCGACCGCGGCGCGGAUCGUCCGUUAUCGCGGCCGUUCCCCACGUCCAAAUCCGAGAAGGCGAGACCACAGAGCCAAUCAGGAUCCGACACCUCUCACAGCACAACACCGCGGGCCCAAUCCCAAGCGCGGCUGCAACCCUCGCACCCAUCCGUACCGCCCCGAAGUCCUCAUGCUCCAGGCGGUUCCGCCUUGCGAGGCUCUGCAAGCCACGAAAAUCUGAGACUAGGUUCGGAUUCCGAACCCGAAUCGAACCAUGGUGACGAGCCGGGCGGGUUUGCGUUCCCAGAGCUGUCAGGUUCGGGCGGCGGAAAGGUCGCCUCUGCGGUUUCCAGAGCUUCCGCCGUCCGGCAUGCAUUUCCGCGGAGCGUUUCCGCUUCAAGCGGUAUCCCCGCGGAGACCUCCGCGCGAGGCGCAACUUCCCGCGGGCGCAAUCCGCCCGCCCGAUCAUCUGACGUGGACAGUAGAUCCGACGGUGUUGAUUCACUUAGCUUAGACGACGCUAGGUCCGACGGCGGCGGCGCGUCGUGGCCGGAAUUCACGGAUCCCAUGAAUGACGGCGGAUCUCCUCAUUCCCGCGCCCUCCCCCAUUCCCCGCUAUCCUCGCGCUCCGAUUCCGCCAGCCCCAGCCGGAUGCCGUCAGGGCGCGGUAGACCGGGGGGGAUGAGCCCUUCCGGCGGAGGCGCAACCGCGGGGGGCCGCGGAUUUGCGCGUUCCGCCUCACAGCCUGUGCGGAAAUUAGAUGCAGUGAGACACCCACCUCCGCACACGCCGCCGAACCUUUCCCCCCUUUCCGGCGGUUCCUCCGCGCAUGGCGCAGCUGCUCCGCCAGGCCUGCCUCCCGCGCGGAGAGCUUCGGAACCAGGCCAAGCGCAAGCGCGCGGCCGCCCGAUGACAGCGGGGAAGAUUCCGCCAGUUCAACCAGGAGCGCAGGUCAGAAUUAGCGCCGCCGCUGCUGCCGCCGCCGCCGCUGCGGCUGCUGGUGGCGGAGGCAGUACGACAGCCGCCGUUCCCCCUGGAGGCGGGGGCGGCCUGCGCACUGUGGCGGGGGCGGUGGCGUCGCGGGCCCUGCGGAAGAGCGCGAGUGCGCCGCAGGUGCGGCCGGGGGAGGGCGCGUCUGCCGCCAGCGCGCGCGCCGUGGCGGAGAGGGCCGCCUUGCGGCUGAAAGGACGCGGAAUCGCUGGCGGCGCAGAUGCCGGCGCGGGGUCAUCUGGAGGGGGAGUUUCCGGCGCAGGCAGUGGCGGGGGGGAGGUGGCAGGCGCAGCAGGCGCGGGAAUUGCGGGCGGCGGAGCGGACAGGCCGAGAACGCGCGUGGGGCGGGUGCAGUCACACGGAGGUCCGGGGGUGGCGGAGCAGGAGGACAGCCCGCGGCAGUGGCAGGCGCAGGGUACAGGCGCAGGCGCGGGGGGACUGGGCGCGGGCGGGUUCGCGGCACCGGCGGAUCGUCCCACGACGCCUCCCAGGCGCGACAUGGGCGGCGGCGGCGGUGCUGGUGGGGGUGUGGGGGUGGCGGCGGUGGGCGUGGGGGUGGUGGCGGGGCGACCCAGGACUCCCGCGCGCAUGGACUUGCACGAAGCUGAGCGGGUUCGCCUCGCUGCAGCCGCCGCGGGUGGGGGAGGCGGAGGCGGAGCAGCAGUAGGCGGGGGGGUGCAGGCGCCAGUGACUCCGCGCGUGGUGGAGCGCCCCUCCACGCCCCUCGCGGGGCAGCGCCCCGCCUCGCCGCUGCUGCGCGCUGAUGGUGGCGCGCUCGAGCGCCCCAAGACGCCCACGCGCAGGCAGGAGGCGGAGGACGGGGCGCUCCACGCGGGGGGGGCGGCAGCGUGGCCGGAGGGGGCGGCGGAGGGGCAGGGGAGGGGCGGCACUCCACGGCUGCGCGCGGAGGGGGUGGGGGAGCGCCCUACGACGCCCACCAGGCGGGGGGAAGCGGCAGUGGGGGCGCGCGGGGAGGGGCGGGUGGGGCGCGGGGUGGAGAGGCCAACGACGCCCCUGCACGGGGUGGAAGGGGGGCCGCCCUCGGCCUUCACCUCUCGCGCAGCAGAGCGGUUAGAUGUGGAAGCAGAGCGGUUGAAUGCAGGAGGAGAGCGGUUGGAUGUAGAGGCAGAGCGGUUGGGGGCAGCAGCACGGGUGGAAGCAGCAGCGCGGCCGCACACGGCGGUGCCGCGCGGGGUGGGCGGCGCAGCACAGGGGCAGGCGGGCAGCCGCGCGGACAGGGCGGACCGGCUGAGCUUCCGGGGGAAGGUGCGACCCAAGUCGUUCGUGGAGCGCAGGGGGAGUGGCGAUGGCGGGGGUGGGGGAGGGGGAGCAGGGGCAGCAGGGGCGUGGGGUGGUGUGGGGGCGGUGCCGCGGCCCACCACGCCUGUGAGGCGAGGCGAUGGGAGCAUGGAACGAGCAGUGACACCAGGGGGGAGGGUGGGGGAGCGCGGGGGAGGCGCAGGAGGAGGGGCGUUCACUGAUGAGUCGGUAACGUUUGAACGGCCGUUGACGCCCGUUGGCAGGAUAGCCGGAGUCGAUCCAACGGUCAUCACGGACCGGCCAUCAACUCCGGUUGGCGGCCGCCCGACCACGCCGGCCGGCGCCCGCCCCACGACGCCAUCUGGUGGGCGGCCGACGACGCCGGGCGGCGGGCGGCUGGACGCGGCAGUUAACCCGCUGGCACGGGCCAAUCGGAUGGCGCCGUUUCCCAUGCCUCUGUUCCCGCACUCGGCGUCUGUGGGGUGUGCUGGCGUGGGUGAGUUUGACCGGCUGUGUGUGGACCAUGGGGAGGAGGACGACGAGGAGGAGGAGGAAGGGGAGAGGGGGGAUGGGGGGUAUGGAGACGGGGGACGGCGUGGGGCGGGGGAUGGGGAGGCGAGGUGGAAGAGUGUGAGUGGGGCCGGUGCGGAGGGCGAUGGUGGGUCCAGGCUGCCAGGUGGUGGCAGGGGCGGGGCGGGAGGGGCGGGGGUGCGUGCAGUGCAGAGCAGCAGCAGCGGCAGCAGCAGCAGUGAGGGGCAGGGGAGAGCGCAGGGGGCAGGGCAGGGCAGAGGGCGGGGGACGGGGCAAGGGAGAGGCGCAAGCAUGGGGCGGACGCAGGGGGAGCAGCAGCAGGGGGGCAGAGGGGAAGGGAGAGGCGCAGCAGGGAGGCAGGGUGUCGGGAAGAGUGCGUCUGGGGAGGCUGUAAGGCCGGGAGGAGGUGCUGACUCAGCACCUGUGGAUGCUGACGUGUUCAGGGCGUUUAUCCUGGGCCGGCCGUAUGCUGACGUGGAGGAGCGGUUUGAGAUGGGAGGGGAGGUGCUGGCACGGGGGGAGUUUGGCGCGGUGCGCGUGUGUGUGGAGCGGGAGAGUGGGGCGAGGCUGGCCUGCAAGAUCAUCGACAAGCUGAGCAUUCAGUCCGCAGACGAGGCGCGCAAUCUGAGGAGGGAGGUGGCAGCAAUGGAGGUGGUGUCGGGGCAUCCCAAUGUCGUUCAGCUGCACGCUGCGUGUGAGGAUGAUAAGAGCAUCUUUCUGGUAAUGGAGUUGUGUCGCGGCGGCGAUCUCUUCGACUUCAUGCGCCAGUACGGCCGUCUGCCCGAGUCCAUGGCAGCACCCGUGUGCCGCCAGCUGCUGGCAGCGCUGCACCACUGCCACACGUGCGGGGUGCUGCACCGGGAUGUGAAGCCGGAGAACGUGCUGCUGCUGCAGCCCGGCAGUGUCAAGCAGAUCAAGCUCGUCGACUUUGGCAUCUCCACUGACGUCGAACCUGAUGCUGCCUCCUGCAAGCUAUAUGGCACACCCCUCUAUCUCGCCCCAGAGACUCUAGACGGCAUCUGGGGCCCUCCAGCAGACGUGUGGAGCACAGGAGUUCUAGUCUACGCAUUGCUCUCCGGGCUGCCUCCCUUCUGGGCUGCGUCAAACGAGGCCAUUUACAACGCCAUUCGAACCAAAGCCCCUCGCUUUUCAUCGGCGCGCUGGAAGCAUGUUUCCGAGGAAGCCAAAGAGCUGCUUCAAGCCAUGCUGGUCAAAGACCCCACCAGACGAAUCACUACAAGCCAAGCAUUAGGGGAUGCAAGUUUCCCCAUUCGUGACGCCCUCUACUACCCCUUCUCCCCCUCAUCCCCACCUUUCAGCACAUGA